AUGGAUAUGGUAAAGGAUAGUAUUCGGUCGGCUAAUUUCUCGGGCUAUGCGCUGGCGAUAUCUAAGAUUGGAGUCUCGGUUACCGCCGAGUAUUGUGGAAUAUAUGUUAUUAUAUGUUUUAUCUUUCUGAGUCCAAGUUCAAAGAGUCAUGACGCUUUUACAAGAAAAAGAUUUAGCAAUUGGAAAAAGGCAACGGAAAAUUUUAAUGACCAUGUUGGUGCAGUAAGCAGUGUUCAUAAUGACGCAAGACGUCACUGUGAGGUUUUUCAGAAUCAACGUCAAAGCAUUUUCCAUGUUUUGAUUACUCAAAGUCGUGAAACAGAAAAUGCUUACCGAACUCGUUUGACAGCAGUGUUUCGCAUCUUUCAUUGGCAAGGUUUAGCAUUUCGUGGUCAUGAUGAGACUCUUGACUCUUUACAAAGGGGAAAUUUUCUUGAGAUAGUGUCAUGGUAUGCCAAGAUGGAUGAAAAAGUUAGGAAUGUCAUCGGUGGUAAUGCUCCUGGAAAUAACCAAAUGACAUCUCCCAAAAUUCAAAAAGAAUUAGUUAGUUCUUGUGCCUCACAAGUAAUAUCAGCCAUUCUUAGUGAACUUGGAGAUAGGAAAUUCUCCUUACUAGUGGAUGAGGCUCAGAAUUGUUAUGUAAAAGAACAAAUGGCAGUUAUGUUAAGGUUUGUGAAUAAGAAGGGUGAAAUAAUCGAAAGGUUUCUUGCCAUUGAGCAUGUUAGUGACACUUCAUCACGUUCUUUAAAAGCGGCCGUGGAUAUGUUAUUUGCUCGGCAUAAUUUAUCUAUUUCUAGAUUGCGAGGUCAAGCAUAUGAUGGAGCAUCCAACAUGAGGGGAGAGUUUAAUGGGCUGAAGGAACUUAUUCAACGAGUAAAUCCUUUUGCUUUAGAUGUCCAUUGUUUUGCCCAUCAACUGCAGUUGAUGGUUGUUGCUAUUGCAAAGCAUAUUCCAGUUGUUGCUGAAUUUUUUUACUAA